AUGUGCCGGCGACGGGAACUCAUUACCCUUCUACCCGAGGAGACACGCUCCAUUCUGCGAUCAACGCAAAUAUUAACCAACCUACCUCAGCUGGUGUCAGAGCUCGUGCAGAACAGCCUUGAUGCAGGCGCAAGGCAGGUCGACGUGGGCAUCCACCCCGAGGCGUGGGCUUGCUGGGUCCGAGAUGACGGCUGUGGUAUACCCAGGGAGGGACUUGAUCUGCUUGCACGAGGAAGGGAAAAAGGAAAAUACGCUACUUCAAAGAAUCACGGGACCUCUGUUCUCGAGGUGUCGAGUACAUUCGGAUUUCGAGGAGAAGCCCUUGCCUCCGCGAUCGAUAUAGCCAUUGUUGAGAUCUCCGCUCGAUCCGCCGACAAGGGAUCUUGGUGCAUCAUCGUUAAGGGAGGGAACAAAAUAUAUGCUGGUCCCCCUCUGAGGUGGCGUACGGAAAGACCCGGUACAAUUGUCAACAUCAAGGAUGCUUUCUACAAUUUGCCUGUUAGGCGCAUGAGUCAUCCGACACCAUCGGCCACCUUGCAGACGGUCAGAAGAGAUAUCGAGAAACUCGCCCUGAUGUUUCCGCAUGUUUGCUUCACCCUGGAGAAGAGUACCACAGAACGGGAAGCUGGAGAAGGACAGAAACGACUUCUCACUAUCCUCAAGACUUCCUCCGUGCUCGAUACUUUCAGCCAUCUCUUCGGAAAGACCCUGACUCAGAAUGUGGAAAUUAUCAAGGAGCGAUCUGGAAACAUUACAAUUGAAGGUUUUCUGAGCCUCGAAGGCACUCCUUCAAAAUCAUAUCAAUUCCUUUACGUGAACCGACAUCCGGUGACACCUUGCGAGCUGCACACCGUAAUUGAUAGAAAGUUCUCAGCUACAAGGUUUGGACGCAAGGCACUGGAUGAAAAUGGAGAGUCGGUAACGCAAACAUCCUCGAAACGGUCCCCGAGGAAGACCGAGAGAAGACCAGUUUACGUUCUAAAUGUUAGCGUCCCCCCAACGUUGUUAGAUAUCUCACUGGAGCCAGCCAAGGGAAAUGUUUUCUUCGAAGAUGCGGAUACUGUCAUAAGCUUCCUGGGCCAGACGAUUGAAAGCUUCCUCACCAGGAACGGGUUUCCACGUCAUUCGAACCGGAAACUACACGAUGUGGCAGAUGCUGUUGAUUCUUCUCCCAUUUCGACAAAUAAACGAAGGCGAUUCGCUCGAACUCCGAGCGAGGCAGCGACAACUUCUCUUCCAAUCGGAUCCGAAAACGAUUCUUGUAACAAGACUUGCGCCUCCACGAGGAAGAAUUCUCAUUUGGAGGAGACCCAGCCCCCCGCUUUCGCAUUCCCUGAUUCAGACUUCGCACCGGACGACUGGUGGAUAUCAUGGCGUGAUCCAAUCACCGGAGAACUUCAUCUGGUUGAUAAACGUUCCGGAAAUUCCCUGAAACGAAUCCGAGACAGUGGGCAAGAGACAGAAUAUGAAACGGAAGGCGAGGGUAUUUCUUUUGGCGCUGUUCCGCUUGUGGACAGACGAUGGCUGCGUGGCGCAUUGAAAGGCACGGAGGACGCCGAACCUCCUGAAUGGAUGUCAUCGGUACUGAAGUCCUGGCCAAAUCCCACCUUUGAGACGACAACAGGGCAUUCAUCGCAUGGAGUAGCAGCAAGAAAAAUCGAGAUUGUUGAUGAUCCCACAAAGAUGCGCGAAGAUCGAGGGCUGAGCAUGAAAAUGCUAAGACGUUUCUUUGAAGGGGGUCCCCUAGAAGAUUCCUCGGAGAUAGCCCAAGGAAGGUUAUCGAGAAGCAGUCUGAGCCAAGCAGUGGUGAUCAAUCAAGUGGAUCGAAAGUUUGUCGCUUGCAAGGUUCCUCUCCUAACCGCUGCCGAACAGGGCAUUCAAAGCAUGCUCCUAAUGAUAGAUCAACAUGCCGCAGACGAACGGAUUCGCGUCGAACACUUUCUUCGUAACUUCUGUGUUCGCUUCUUGCAUCACAAGGAUGGAUGCUCUGUGGUGGUUCGAGAACUUGAUCCUCCCAAGUCGAUUCCUAUCACAAAGCAAGAUGCCGAGUUUCUUCAACAGGAAUCGUGCGUGAUGGAAAUAUUCGAACGUUGGGGUUUCCGACUGUCCCUCUCCGAGUUAUCCAUGUUUGCGCACGGUCGUGAAGAUAUUGCUGAGGCACACAUCCUCGUGUCCUCCAUACCCGAUGCAGUCGCAGUGAAGCUGCUUCUCGGGGAUCAGCUGAAAGAGCUGGUGACGGACUUUCUCGCGAAGCUUCAGCAUGAAGGAGUGGAAUCCGUUCCUAUCAUCCAGUCGGAGGGAACUUGCAUAAACGACGUCGAAGCUCGCCAUAAAGCGGGAUGGAUGAAGGCACUACGCUGGUGUCCGGAGGGGCUCAUCGACUUGAUCAACUCGCGAAGUUGCAGGGGUGCCAUCAUGUUUAACGACUCGUUGUCGCUGACUCAAUGCGAGCAAUUGGUUCGACAGCUGAGCGAGACGGUUCUGCCGUUCCAAUGCGCUCAUGGGAGGCCAUCGAUGGUACCACUGACUCACAUGGGAGCUGCGUUCAAGACGCACAGGCGCCAAGAGGUGGACUGGAAACGAUUCGAAAAUAUGACAAUUUGAGAAGUUGGACAGAAGAUGCGCGUGCGCUUUGCCGGAAACUUUGCGCUGCGGCGAGACCUGGAUUGAGACUGCGUAGGUUGACUCCACCAUUCUCAACCUUCUAGCGAGUCAUGAGCGAUUGCAAAGUCG